AUGACGGAGGCGCAGGCACGGCAUCCCCUGCGGGGGGCGGUCUAUCUGUUGCCAGGUCUGGAAGUGUGUUUGUUCAGAGAGGAGUGGCUGCUGGACGCGGAGUGGCGAGUGGGCGCAGGAGCCGAGGUCUGGGGCUCGAGGAUCGCGGAGAACGCCGAGAUGUUCAGCGCCACGCCGGAGGGCUUCGCCUAUGCCCGGCUGCCGCUGCUGGCCAGGUGGAGCCCCGCGGCCAUCGCGGCGGAAGGCUUCGCCAUGGUCGCCGGGAAGCCACCGGACGACGCCGCAGCUGCGCUGGCGGCGGCGGCGGUCUCCAGCAGGGGCGCGGCCCGCCGGGGCGAUGGCGGCGGCGGCGGCGCUCGGGUCGAGGCCGACCGCGGCGCGGGCCACGCCCUCGGCGCGAGCUUCUACGACUUCGGCCCGGCCGCUGCCGCCGCCAAGGACGCCUCCAACGGGGUGGCCCAGCGCGGUGUCACCGACAACGUCAAGGCGAAGGAGAAGGAUAAGGCUAGGCGCCGGGAGAAGACCCUGGCUGCGGCUUUUGCAGCGGAUGGGAUCACAGAGGAGCUGCUCGCGGAGCCCGCCGCGCCCGAGGAGCAGGGCCAGGGCUCCCGGCGGCGGAGGGCGGAGGCCAAGAUGUUCCUGGAGACAGCCAGAACUCUCGGUCCUUCGGAGCGCGAGUCCAUGACCGUUGCGAGGCGUGAUCAGGACGUGAAGAAAGCUGCGCUCGGCGUGCUCGGCAACCUUGAGCGCAACAAGGCCAGCCUUGCCAGCCUGAGCGCGCGCUAG